AAAGAUAAGUAAAGAAUGAAAAGCAUAGCAGUGAUCGGGGCAGGUGCUAGUGGUUUAACAGCUAUCAAAUGCUGUCUGGACGAGGGACUUGAACCUGUAUGUUUUGAGAGGGUAAACUAUAUAAGUGGAUUAUGGCAUUACACAGAAGAUGUAGAGGAAGGUCAGGCAUGUGUGAUGAAAUCUACGGUGAUCAAUACAUCAAAGGAGAUGAUGUGUUACAGUGAUUUUCCUAUCCCAGGAGAGUUUCCGAUCUACAUGCAUAAUAAGUAUGUCGAUAGAUAUUUCCAUAUGUACGCGGACAAGUUCGGACUGAGAAAGUACAUAAACUUCAAUACAGAGGUGCUGUCUGUGAAACCAACCAAAACGUUUAACAGUGAUGGGCAAUGGGAAAUCGCCAUAAAGACAUCUGAUAAAGAAGAGACCCGUGUAUUCGACGCUGUCCUCAUAUGUACUGGUCAUCAUGCUGAAAAGAACAUACCAAAUUUUCCCGGACUAAACAAGUUCAAGGGCAAGGUCACGCAUACACACGACUAUAAAGAUUAUCAUGGGUACGAAGACAAAAACGUCCUGAUUAUUGGCAUUGGAAAUUCUGGCGGCGACGUUGCAACAGAACUUAGCCGAAUAUCGUCACAGGUUUAUCUGAGUACAAGAUCAGGUUCAUGGAUUUUCCAUCGUGUAGAUGAUAAAGGACUUCCUGGUGACAUGAUGCAUUCAACUCGCUUGAACACAAAGCUUUUAAAGUCUUUUCCAAAUAUGUUGAUAUCGCUCGCAGAAAAGAAACUCAACAAUAAAUUUGAUCAUGAAAAGUAUUGCCUAAAACCCAAACAUGGUCUGUUCUCUGCACACCCAACCUUGAAUGAUGAGUUGCCAAAUAGAAUCAUUUCUGGAGGUGUUAUUGUAAAAGCCAAUGUUGCAGAGUUCACAGAAACUGGGGCGAUCUUUGAAGACGGUACAAAAAUUGAUAAUUUGGAUGCUGUAGUUCUAGCAACGGGUUACAUUUUUGGAUUUCCAUUCAUUGAUAAAAGUGUGAUAGAGGUGAAAGCCAACAAAGUCAAUCUAUACAAGUACAUGUUUCCACCCGACUUGCAAAAACAUACGAUGGCAAUCAUCGGUUGCUUCCAGCCACUUGGUGCAAUUAUGCCAAUGAGCGAAAUGCAAUGUCGCCUUGCUACAAGGGUGUUUAAGGGAUUAAAGACGUUGCCAGAAAGUACCGAGAUGUGGGAAGACAUUAAAAGCAAGCAAGCGGCUAUGGGUAUGAGAUACAAACAGUCUUUGAGACACACAAUACAAGUGGAUUAUGUCCCUUACAUGGAUGAACUGGCUGAAAUGGUUGGCUGUAAGCCUAACGUCAGAAAACUUAUUCUGACUGAUCCAAAACUUGCGAUGGAAGUUUUCUUUGGACCUUGCACCCCUUGUCAAUAUCGAUUAAUGGGACCGGGGCCUUGGAAAGGUGCACGGAAUGCCAUUAUGACACAAUGGGAGCGUGUAUACAAACCACUUCAGACAAGACCUUGUGCUAAAACUGAACGCAAAAGUUCAGGGGCAAUUUAUAUGUUGAUCGUCGCUGUAAUAGCUGUUCUGUUAUAUUUUAUUCUGUAAACAUUUACGAGUAUUUAAUAUCAUCAUAUAAGAUGUUGUA